AUGAAUACCGUUAACGAGAAUAGUUCAGCAGAUGAUCCUGCUUCUAAACUGAGUGUGUCUUUGGAUCAAUCAUAUACACUGCGGCAUUCUGGUGAAAUAUCUCAUCGAUAUCAUGGCCUGUCGUUAGCACGCCAAACUAUAUAUGAAGAUGAUGACACCUUUGAAAAUGCACCUAAAUUAUCGUUUAUACACAGAUUUGUCACCAACUGGCUAAUAAUGGAUCCGGUUUUACUCAGCAAAUACGAGAACCGCGAGAAGAAGUUCAAUAGGAAUUAUAAAGUUGCUCGGCAUCGCGAUAUUUCGAGAUUCAUAUACUUCUUGGACGGGAGGUUACACACUACUAAGGACAAGCCCAUCAAUUUAUUGACCUUGCUACUUAUUGUUAUCCCUAUUGUGAUUUACUGCAUAUUUGAAGCUAGUUGGCAAUGGCACAAUAUUUCACCUGGUAUAGUCAUAAUCUUUGUUUAUUUAUGGUUCAUCACAAUAAUGAAUUUCUUUAAAGCGUCAACUUUGGAUCCGGGGAUUCUUCCAAGGAAUUUACAUAUACCCAAGUCGCCCCAAGGUAACAGAAUUGUAGAUCCGCCUGAGGAAUACUUCAAUACUAAUGAAAAACAAAAAGAAGAAGAAGAAGAAGAUAAUGUGCCACUUGACAAUAAAGAAGAGGAGAGAGGAGCCCCAACUGACAAUCUUCAAGAAGACAAUCUUUUAUUCACAUCGCUAGAGCAAUACAGACUUAGUCCUAGACAGUCUUCAUCGCAGGUACAUCUUUCUCAUGAUGAUAAUAAUAACAAUAACUCAAUAUAUUCCCCGCUGAGUGUAUCGGUAGAUCAUCUUGGUAUUUCCAAUUCAAACGCCAUUGGUUAUCGUGAUCGUGAUCGUAAUCGUGAUUUACUGUCGCAAUCUUAUAGUAGUUCCAGAACGGCGACUACUUUGUCGAAUGAAACCCAUCUGUCGCACGGCAGGUCACCAUUGGAUAGAGCAAUGACUAUAUAUACCACAGCUAUAUCGCGACCUUCAACGAGAAAAACCACCACUAUUCUCAAUAUUCCACAUCGUUUAUUGAAAUGGGUAUAUUCAAUAUCGCUAUUUAUUGUGAUUAUUUUGAUGUUGGCGUUUAUUGCAGUUACGCCACUAGAUGUCAUUGUACAAACAUUCAACUCGAGCAAUUCUACUGCAGUCAAGACUUUUAUAGUGAUUGCAGUUUGCGUUGCGUUUUUGAUAAUCUCAAUAAUCAUUUACCUUGCACGAGUGUACAAAUUCAAAGUCACGAUGAAUGAUGUCCCUCAAAAAUCGCUUUAUAUCCCUUUUGAGAAUGACUUCCCAAAGAGCGUGUUUAAGUAUAUUGAUUUGAAAUUGAAGUAUAGUCACGAUGUUUCAAUAUUGGCAGGUCCGUUACGUCAGAAUUACAUUAUUAAUCAUCCUGGGUUAUCGCCACCUGAGUAUGUUCAAAAACGAAAUGUGGACAACAAUGGAGGUAUGCUGGGGAGGUUGCUACCUCCAAACAUGCAAUAUGAUGAUGUUUUGCAAAGUUUUGCUGAUAAGUUCUACAUUGGUAAGAUUUUAACUGAUGAAGAUCUUCCAACUCAUUUCUCCAUCAGGGAUAUUUUCCUAUACUUAUCUGAACGACUAAUUGAACCGCGUAGGAGAAUGGGCAAUGGCAUAUUAAGCAAAAAUGAACCAGAUGUAGAGAAAUUGAUAGCCAUUUAUGAGAAGUGUCGAUUCGGGUCAAAAUUAAUUGAAGAGAUGGAUUUAUUCCAACUAAUGAUCGAAUUUGAUAAGUUUGGCUUAUUGUGUCAUAAUGACUAUCGGUCAACUAUGCCAAAGAAGAGGAGAUUUUCAAGAAUAUUUCAAUCAUCAGGAAAUGACUAUAAUAUCAAUGAAGAUGGUUACAUUUCAACUAGUGACUUGAAAUAUUACAGUAGUCCCAUGUUUUAUGAUUCCGAAGAGGAGGAUCAGUCAGAGGAAGAGGAUGAAAAAUACAAUAGCAAUUAUCGCGACGAAAAUGAAGAUGAGGAACGGUUUGAUUCGGAAAUGUCGACUACCGAGUCGGAAGAACUUGGAACUAAUCAAGUAGAACCAUUGGUACUGAAAAGUGAAAAUGAGCUUGACCAUAAACAAGAAGGAGAUCGAUAUUAUUCAGAUAUAGAACGAAGUUCUUUACCAGAUGCAGACCGAAGGUCAUCUCUAAGGUUGAGAAAACAAACAAGUAUCAGUAGUUCGAAAUCUGUGAUACGGAAUAAAUUAGCAUUACAAAGUAGACACACUUUGCUGAGUUUACGAUAUGACGACGGGGAUGACGAUAACAAUUCAUUAGUGAGGAACAGAUCGGGAUAUAUAACAGAUUUAGAGAAUGAUGAAUUUGAGGCGGAAGAGCUGAAAAGGUUCAACUUUAGUAGCGACAAAAGACGCAAGCAUCAGCGGGAAUUAUUCAAUUCUGAAAAUAAAGAGAUUCAAAUAGUGAUAAAUGAUGGUAUGGAGGACCUAAAUAAAAGAGAGAAAUCGGAUGGUGAGGAAGAAAAAGAAGAAGACGAUGAUGAUGAUGAUAUGAAUUUCUACCAGUUUAGAAGACGACGGAACAAUUCAUCUUUACAAGAAAACCCCGGACAGCCUAUUACGCCCAAUCAAUCCAACGAAGAACAAUCUCCAACUGUGACCGACACUAAUGACACUAUCGACACUAUCGAGCGAAGCGAGAUACGAGAUAGUGGAGCAGCUCUGACUAAUGACACUAUCGACACUAUCGACACUAUCGACACUAUCGACACUGUCGACACUAUCGAGCAAAGCGAGAUAGUGGAGCAGCUCUGA